AUGAUUACAGAGACCAGAAUUGAUGGUCCUAAGGUUGAUGAGAUCAUAAGAAGACUGCCUUUUGAUGGAGCUUACUCCACGGAGACCAUAGGCUAUGUUGGCAGGAUUUGGCUCCUAUGGCGAUUAGAUUUUGUAUCAAUGGACAUUAUGUUGGCUAUGGAGCAGGAAAUUCAUGCCAUUGUCCAAGUUAGUUACCACGCUCAACCCUGGCUUUUAAGUUCUAUUUAUGGUAGUCCACGGUUUAGAGAAAGGUGUUUACUGUGGGGUAAUUUAAAAAUUUUGUCAGAAAGGCAUAACCUCCCUUGGGCAGUCAUGGGAGACUUUAAUGAUGUUGUUUGUGAUGAUGAAAAAAUGAGAGGUCCUAAGUUUACUUGGACCAAUAAGGAAGACCUCCCUGGUUUAAUUCAAGCCUUGGAUAACCCUCCUAUUAGAAUUGGUGAAAGGCCUUUUUGGUUCCAAUCGAGUUGGCUUAACCAUGCAAGUUUCCCUCCUAUUUUCCGAGAUGCAUGGGAGGGAAAUCAACAAAACAUCAGAAGUGCUAUCAUUACCUUUACCCUUAAAGCUAGAAAUUGGAACAGAGAGAAGUUUGGAAACAUUUUUUGGAAGAAAAGAAAUCUUGUGGCAAGACUAGGAGGGGUGGAGAAGGCUUUGGCUCAAAACCCAAGUCAGAGAUUGAUCAACAUGCAUUCUUGGCUCUUUGAGGAGCUUGAAAAAAUUAUGUCUUUGGAAGAAGAGCUAUAG